AUGCUACUCAAAACAACGUGUCCCAAACCUGUGAAGAUCAAUGAUAUACAAAUGCUACACAGCCUAAAUAAAAUAGUACUAAAAACUACUAAGCCUGCUCCAACUACGCAUGCUCCAACUACGCAUGCUCCAACUACGCAUGCCCCAACUGCGCCUGUGCCGACUAUGCCUGCCAAGCUACCUACUUUAACAUUAGAUGCACAAGACUCGUUUUACGGUUUUGGCUGCGAAGAGAAUCGAUAUCGGAAAAGGUUGCAAAUGAUUCUGCGUGAAUGGGUUUCGUUAGCAAAGCGCCAGAAUAUUUCUCAAUAUUUUAUUUGCUUUGGGUCAUAUUUGGGGUUUGUCCGAAAUGGUGACAUGAUUCCAUACGACAUGGACCUGGAUGUUUGUAUGUUCCGACAUGAUUAUUACAAACUGGAUCCUGAAGAGUCUAAACGGCCUCUCAAUCUCGACGAUGGUGAAAUCCAUCUGUUACUACACAGGCAUUCGCCUCACCCACUGUCGAACACCCCUCGCAAAGAUUGCAAGGGUAACAUCGUCCGCAGCCCUGUGGAUGAUUGCGCAAUACUUAACCCGCACGCAAGGCUCUACAAUGGUGCUUUGAUAUACAUGGAUAUUUUUAUGUUCGAAGAUCUCGGCGUCAAGCUCUGGGACGAAUUCAGGGACAAAAUGCACGACAGGGAUGCCAUAUUGCCAGUCAAACCGUGCAAGUAUUUGGAGCUCGAUACAAAAUGCCCGAACAAUGCAGAGAAGUUCUUAAAUGUGUAUUAUGGUAAGGAUUACAUGGCACCACAUCACAAAUGCAAGGGUGGAAAAUGGCAACAAAAUAUGAUUGACGCCCGGCCUGCAUUUGUAUAACAUCUGCGAGCAUGAAUACUUGGAUCUCGUGUAACUUUUUCAAAGUGGUGAACGGCUUGGUCGACGUAUACCCAUGACGUCCUCCCUGACGUUCUCCUUGAAGUCAUGUCUCAAACCAGAACAACUCCUCCAGUGGCAAGCAAAUCUCCUUCCUUCCGGCCAAAUGCAAAACCACUACCUACCAACGCUUCUUCUUUAUUCGUGCAACUAGAACCUGGAACUCUUCACCAACUACAUUGAUGUUGGGCAAUUCAAGUUACUACCUGACAGCGCUGAGAGAGUGCUUCAACGAAGAAGAUCCGAGGACAUGGAAGACUAUAUGUCCGAAGUGUAAGUUACACUUAGGACAUAUAGUCUUCCAUGUCCUCGGAUCUUCUUCGUUGAAGCAUUCUCUGUGUAACACUAAUCGUUACUUACGUUCUAAACUAACUUGUUGUUUUUAGUAUCCUGUCCAUGUACUGUAUGUUAUAGGUUGUACUGUAUGUAUAUUUUUGUAUAAGGGCCAGUGGCGUAUAUAUAGCCAGCCUGACUAUUUGCUCUUGCUAUGCAAAUAUUUCUGACAGUGUGUUCAUAUCCUGUAAAAACAAUGUCAAUGAAUUUCUAAAGAAAUGGAUAAUGCUCUGAAAUUUACAUAGCAGGAGUAAAUUUUCAGGCUGGCAGCUGGCUACGCUACUGAUAUGAAGGACCCACAGUAAUUGGUUUACACUAUUGUGGUGUCCCUGCCAUUCUUGUCCAUGUUUAUUGUCUACAUGUCUAUUUGUUGUUCUGUUACGUGUUUUUAGCAACGUUUAGUAAAUAAAUAAAUAAAUAUCAAUGUCAGCUAGGAUGUCAGUGCUGAGCAGAGGACUCAUCCUAGUCCCAAGCUGUAUAUCUACGAAAUUGGUAAUAUUUUUGAAGUGCCCAUACGUCUCUCUCCAUUGCUCGUCAUCCAGCGAACGUCGGAAACUUCACAACAAGAGUUUUGCCAUGGUGGAUACAAGAGCAUGACAGAUAAUAAUGAAUUGACCGCCUCUCUUUCAAGUUCAUUUCCAAAAGGAUGUAAAUCUUUAUAGUUUAAAGGUCGACGUCGUGAAACAUUAGUAAUGUUUAGUACUGUUCAAAAAGCACAAAAGCGUACAACUGAGAGGAGGGACGCAAAACAUUUUCUUGAUCUCGCUGAGAUAAGCAACACAAUAAUGUUACAAGUUUAUGGUACCAGAUAUGCAGAAAAUUUUAACCCAUUAUGGAUUAAUGUGACUUAAGUCACAGUGCACCCUACUGUAUAAUGUAUGCACCCAACUUUAUUAUUUCACUCUGUUUACUAACGCCAGACGAUUUUACACUUGAAAGGGAGAGCGUUGCCAUUCAGUGACUGGGUUAAACAGACCAUCUGAUCAUGCGUCUAACCAUUAAGACGCAUCCUGGACGCAUUGAGCCCAAUGCGCCACUUUAUUAUUUUAUUGUCUAAUGUCAGACGAACUUACUCGUCAAGAUUUUUUCUAAGGGACUGGUCAUAAUUUAUCGGGGGUCGGGAGGUGUAAUUCAAAAUUUUAAGGAAUGAUAUUUUGUGACCCUGCUUUUCCAUAACCCAGGAAAAUAAUGCCCGACCCUAUUAUUUUUUCAACGCGAUUUGACCGUGCGACCCUAUUUUCUCCGGGUGCUUGCGGGCUGCUGCCAAAAUGGCGUCUAUUGUCACACUAAUUAUUGAAAAAACCACGAAAAAAAAUAUUCAAAAAAAAAUUUAUUUCCGACCUACCGACCCUAAUUUUUUUCGCGAUAUGAAACCGGAACCACAGGUAUAUUUUUAGGCCUAAACUUAGUACCAUAAAUUUUUGUUGCCACUUUUUUGUUUUUCCCACAUUAUGACGUCAUGCUGUGUAUCUAUAACUGUCGAACAGACGACGGCCAAAUCUUAUCUAUUUGUUAAGUAUGUAUGUAUAUGUAGUGCGACGCACUGCUCAUUAAAAUUCAGAGCGAAUAAAGAAUGUUUAAUUGUUUCAAGUGUGAGGGCGAACGUUGUAAGAAAAAGAUAUGGAAGUAUGUUAGAAAAAAGAACCUUAUAUAGUACAUAUUGCUCUGUUUAAUCGUACGAAACGGCCAACUAUUAAAGGGAAUACAAUUAAGCCUUUUAUUAUAUUAGCUGUGUGACGCAAAGUCACGAUAAUGUUUUCAAAGUAUGAUUAAUAAUGGAUUAUUCCAGCUGUAGACUAAAUUAUGAUCUAGGUAACAAGAACAAAAUCCAUCACCACAUCACAAAGACUGAAAGAGCAUGUUAAAAUUAGUAAAAUUGCAAAGUUUGGUUGCGAAAUGUUGUAUAUUACUAAAAUUUAGGCCUAUACGAAACUGCAAAUUUUGUAUUAAUUUGUAUUAUGCACGGGAAAAAUUUUGUAUUAAUUUGUAUUAUGCACGGGAAAAUGCAUCACUUUUGGCCCGCGCGUAAUACAAAUUAAUACAAUAUGUGCAAAUUUCACAGGGCUAUAAUAUUUCACUCAUUUUACAACACGUGAGCACUUCGCAACCAAAUUUUGCAAUUUUACUAAUUUUAACAUGCUCUUUCUAUCUGUGGCGAUUCUUAGAUCAAAAUUUAGUCUAUAGCUGGAUAAUCUAUUAUUCUACAUUUGAAAUUUUGAAUGUAUUUUCUAUCACAUAAUGAGUAUAAUUAACAAUUAUUGGAUGAGGUUUUUGUGAUAUGCGGAAUUAUCAAGGUCGAGGUAAGCGUUAUCAGCCGAGCCGAAGGCGAGGCUGAUAACGCUUACCGAGACCUUGAUAAUUUUGCAUAUCGCAAAAACCGAAUGCAAUAAUUGUUUUAUUAUACAUUUGAAGAAUAAUAAACAUAGUAUUUUAAAUAAUAAAACAAUUAUUGAAUUCGGUUUUUGAUGUCUGGCAAAGCUGUUCAAGUAAAACGUUUCUAUAAACAAGUCUCCGGAAGUCCAACAGUUAAAUUAAUUACAAAUAUAAAAGAAACAUAUUAUCGUUAAGAUGUUAACGUAUUAAAAUAUUUGCUUGUUAAAGUAAACAUUACAAUUAUGAAAUGUACAUUCAUUUGAAAAUUGAAAUGUACACUCAUUUGAAAUGUACACUCAUUCAAUUUCACGCAACCUAACACAAAAUUCAGUUAUCUGCUAGCAGAUAACUGAGUUAUCUGCUAGCAGAUAACUGAAUUUUGUGUAGGUUGCGUGAUUGCGCGAUUUAACUGUUAGCUCUUAGCCAAUCAAAUUGCUUUUACCAACUACAAUGUAUAAUAAUUCAAGUUUAAUGAUACUAUUGAUUACUAUAACUUUCAUAGAGUUUCGUAUGGAGGCAUUUUCAUUGGAAAUGUUGAAAUUAGCAAACUUUCAUUCAAUGCAGAAUCGAGGUAUAUGCUUUCAAAUGGUGCGAAAACAUCAGAAGCCCAAAGUAGUAUAGCUAGAUUAUAGGUUUUGCAUUAGUUUGUGUUGUGUAUGUGUUUGUCAGAACGAAUCGAUAACAUAAAAAAUAUCAAACGUAUUAAUACGAGAAUUUGUAGUUCUAAUGGACAUUACCCAAGUAGGCCGUGGGCUGUUGUGCGAAAAAGUGCCCAGAAAAGCAAUUUCGUGGCACCCUCCUGGGAAAUAGAUUUUCUUUGGUUCAAUUCAUAGAACCAUAGAUGCUUAAUUACCACAAAAAAUUCCCAAGCAAAAAACUUGCCCAACACCGAGAAAAUGGGUGAUCAGUGAUUAUCCUCUAUUAAAUUGUAUUACAGCAAGAAAAUGUAAAAUUUUGUAUUGAAUUACAACAAAAAUGACUUGCAUUAUCAGAAAGCUUACAAAAACAUACAUAUAAGACAUUUAAACAGUUUUUUUAUAUCUAAAAUUGUUUUCGAGUUAUACGCUGUCAAAAACGCGUUUUUGACCAAGGACCCAGUCCUUGUUGCGAGUUUUUGGUCCAAUUUUCACAUUUAAAACAGCAAUAACUCAAAGACUAUUUGAAGAAUCAAAAAACUGUUUAAAAGUCUUAUAUGUGGUUUUUUGUACGCUUUCCGAUGAUGCAAGUAAUUUUUAUUGUAAUUGAAUACAGAAUUUCCCAUUUUUUUGCUGUAAUACAAUUUAAUAGAGGAUAAUCAUUGAUCACCCAUUUUCUCGGGAUUGGGCAACUUUUUUGCUUGGGAACUUUUUUGGUAGUGAUGUUACCUAUAUGCCGUUUAAGUAAACCCCAAACCAAGUAUUUCCCACAUGGGUGCCACGAAGCGAAAUAAUUUUGGCCAACAGCCCACGGCCUAAAGGACGUCAGGACGAACUGAUUACAAUUUGGUUAAAUUUGGUUGAAACUGGACCAAUCCCAUAAGGAUCAAAAUUUUGAUCUCAACAAGUCUAGACAAAAUUCCAUCACAGCAUGAAAGAGCAUCACAAAAUUAGUAAUAUUGCAAAGUUUCGUUGCGAAAUGUUGUAAAAUGAGGAUACUUUAAUAUUGCGUUGCGAAAUUUGCAAUUUUCAGCCAUUUUGUAUCACGAGCGGGAAACGGUUACCACUUUUCCAAAACUUUGAUCUCAACUUGCCUAAACAAAAAUGUCAUCACAGCUCGAACUGAGCAUCACAAAAUUAGUAAUAUUCCAAGGUUUCGUUGCGAAAUGUUGUAAAAUGCGGAUAAUAUAGCCUUGCGAAGUUUGUAAUUUUCAGUUAUUUUGUAUUACGAGCGAGAAACGGUUACCACUUUUCCAAAGUUUUGAUCUCAAUUUGCCUAAACAAAAAUGUCAUCACAGCUUGAAAGAGCAUCACAAAAUUAGUAAUAUUCCAAGGUUUCGUUGCGAAAUGUUGUAAAAUGCGGAUAAUAUAGCCUUGCGAAGUUUGUAAUUUUAGUUAUUUUGUAUUACUAACGGGAAAUGGUUACCAGCGCGUAAUACAAAAUGACUGAAAUUUGAAAACUUCGAAAGGCUACAUUAUCCGCAUUUUACAACAUUUCGCAACGAAACUUUGGAAUAUUGCUAAUUUUGUGAUGCUCAUUCAAGCUGUGAUGAAAAUUUUGUCUGACUUGCUGAGAUCAAAAUUUUGGUUAAUGUUCGGAUUGGUCCAUUAGCCUGUUUUGUAAUUUAUGCAUGACUCAAACUUAAUUUGCUAGCGGAGGUGUGUAGUCUUUGAGUACCCUCUAAUUUGUUUUGUGUUCUUGAUUUAGCAAAAGUAUGUUAAAUGUUCUCAUUUGCGUGGGUGCGGACGGAAAUUAUUUUCGCAUUCUGUGUUAAAAUUAAAAAUCUGCCAAUGAACUGUUAAAAGCCAUAGAGAUUUGGCAUUAAACAUCCAUUCUAAUAUAAGAGCACUGUAUUUAUAUGAAAGGAAGAGGAAGAGGAAGUCUAACCGAUCCUCAAGUGAACUGGUAUAGUACUGUGGUGUAUUGUCGUACUGGUACAGAGUGGUACUAUAUUUAUGCACUGGAGAAAGGAAGAGUUAUAUAACAACUAUAAUUAAGGUAAAUAUAAAGAUUAAAGGGGAAAUACGAAGUUUAAUUAGAUUUGAGAUUGUUCGUUUAAUUUUGGAAGCCGUUUAAUUUUUAAAAAAAAAAUAUAUAUAUAUAUAUAUAUAUAUAUAUAUAUAUAUAUAUAUAUAUAUAUAUAUAUAUAUAUAUAUAUAUAUAUAUAUAUAUAUAUAUAUAUAUAUAUAACUUUAUUACAUAUGUUUGCCCCCAAAACCAAUUAAUGCAAGGCUUCUCAGCUACUUAUGGAAAUUGGUUUGAAGUUACUGUGUAGUAUAGAGUUAGUUUAGUCUAGUUUAAUGGGAAUAACGAACAUUACCCACGGGCAAAUUGAUUAAAUUUUGGUGGUUAAAUUUGGCUGGUUUCGUAAUGGUCGUAAAAAUAGAGUCACGAUCUUUCUCAACGGCCAGUUUAUAAUAAUUUAUACCUGUAAACCACAUAUAAAUCAUAAGUAUUCUCUAGUUAUAUAAUCACUCCGCGUAUUAACCGUAUUCAGUUCAGUUCUAAAAUGUUUCGGCUGAAGAGAAAGAUCGUGACUCAAUCUUUACGACCGUUACGACCAUAUAGAAACCUCGCUUUUAUACAUAUGUGUUGCAGUCUCAUGACAGUUAGAUGACAUUUCGAAGUUUAUUUGAAUUUUUAUUUUUUAGGCAACCUCAGUUAUCAAACUCUGUGAAAAUGGAUCCCACUAAAACGAAGUUUCCUCGACUUUCUUCGCCUACCGCUGAACUAAAACCUCAUUAUGACGUGGUGGUCGUGGGCUCAGGUUAUGGUGGCUCCAUCGCGGCAUGUCGGAGUGCGGGCGCGGGAAGAUCUGUAUGCUUGUUGGAGAAAGGAAAGGAGUGGUUACCUGGCGAGUUCGCCGAGACAUUCCUGCACGCGGAACGUGAUAUGCACGUGCAUUUUGGUAGCCACAAGUUUCAAACGGGUAUGUCCAUGGGUUUUUGUGUCAAUUGUACACGCGUAAAAACGCACAAGUUGUUGCAGGUCUGCAAACAUGUUGUUACAAAUCUGUUCACAAGCUGUCGACAAGUUGUGUUCGCACUGCUUGUUCCCAGUUGUUGCAACAAGUUUGGAACAAGCUGUUAACAACUUGUAACAAGCUUGAUGGCAUUAGUAGACUUGUUACAAGGUUGUUCUAACACGUCUGACACAGUCUUGAUACAAGGUCGACGACACAAGGUCUUAACAAUAUUGUCAUGAUAAUGACUGUAUCGGACUUGUUGGAACAACCUUGUAUCAAGUCUGAUAAUAUCAACAAGGUUGUUACAAGUUGUUAACAGUUUGUUCCAAACUUGUUGACAACUUGGGCCCAGUAUGCAGUGCGAAGACAACUUGUUGACGACUUGUUGGCAGACUUGCUACAAGAUGUGAGAUUUUGGCAGCAAGCCGUCAACAAGUUGUGUUCGCACUGCUUGGCCCAAGUUGUCAACAAGUUUGGAACAAGCUGUUAUAUUUAACAACGUUGUUCCUUGUUGAUAUUAUCAGACUUGUUGCAGGGUUGUUCCAGCAAGUCCGAUACAGUCAUGAUAUAACAAUAUUGUUACAACUUUGUGUCGUCAACGUUGUAACAACAUCAUGACUGUAUCAGACUUGUUAGAACAAGUGAACAACCUUGUAACAAGUCUGAUAAUGCCAUCAAGCUUGUUACAAGUUGUGAACAGGUUGUUCCAAACUUGUUACAACAACUGGGACCAAGCAGUGCGAACAGAACUUGUCGGCAGCUUGUGAACAGAUUUGUAACAACUUGUUUGCAGACCUGUAACAACUUGUGCGUUUUUACGCGUGUAGGUUUUGCACUGAUUUCAGAUUUGGACUUGGAUGGACAUGGAUCAUUGUACACACGUAAAAAUCUCUCUGCUUGUCAACAAGAUGUUCUGCUUUAUUCCAGUGUUGACAAGUCUGGAACAAGUUGUUGAUGAGGCCAACGGACUCGCAACAAGUUGUUCCAACAAGUCUGACAUCGCAUGCACGUAACAAGUUGUUAACAAGUUGAUGACAACAAGCUCGUAGCAACCUGUUACGAACAGCCUGUAUUAGUCUUGUUGGAACAACUUGUAGUAAGUUUGUUACCGCUAUCAACCGUGUAACAAGAUGAUAACAACUUGUUCCAGACUUGUCACAACAACUGGGAAUAAGACAUGCAAACACAUUCUGAUAUCAAUCUUGUUACAACUUGUUUACAGAUUGUAAUAACUUGCGCGUUUUAACGUGUGUAACGAUUUUCAUUUCAGGCAAACCGUUCGGCUUAUAUGAAGUAUACUUGGGUGAACAUGUCAGCGUUUUACAAGGUUGCUGGCUCGGAGGCGGAUCUCUUAUCAAUGCCAGUGUUGGUCUCGAUGCUGAGCCUGCAGUGUACCAGAAACCAGAUUGGCCAGCGGCUUUCACGAGUGACGUCGAAAACAUGUUAAAAACGGACCGGAAACACGUGACUGACAUGCUCACGCCAACGCCAUACCCAGACUCGUACACGCAUCCCCCAUUGGCUAAAACUGAACGAAUGCGAGAGGGGUUCGCUGCCUUCGACAUCGAGGACCUGCAUAAGCAUUUUUAUAAGGCGCCGUUAUACGUGACUUUUGAGGAUAAAGAACGGAAUCAUGUUGGAGUGCCACAGCCCAGGUGUACGGCGUGUGGAAAUUGCUGUGGUGGCUGCAAUGUCGGGGCGAAGAAUACGUUGAAUAUGAAUUAUAUUGCUCAAGCCAAAGCGUACGGAGCCGAGAUUUAUACCAAGGUACACUAUCGUUUGUAUUCUAAAAACUCACUCACACUCAAAGAGUGGAGUUUGAAUCUGAGCUUUCCUUGUCGUAUCAGACUUGUAAGAACAACCUUGUCACAAGUCUGAUAAUGCCAUCAAACUUGUUACAAAUUGUUAACAGCUUGUUCCAAACUUGUCACAAAAACUAGGAAUAAUAUAAGCAGUGCGAACCAGGGCUCGAAAUAGCAGGCUGCCAAUGGCCAAACGCAGGCCACAUUUUAGAAAUGGCAGGUAAAAACAAACUUGAACUGCCAAAGUUAAAAAAAAAUGGUAGGUGAAAUUCUAUAGAUAUAUUUCAUUUCAUUUGCUUACCACAACUCGUAUAUACUAGAUCAUUUAGUUGACUAAAUACGUGUAUAUAUGAAAUGUGAAUCCAAGUGUACUGUAGUAAAAUAGACAAGUUUAAUUAAAAAUACUAAAAAUGCAUGAAAACAUUGAUUUUUACAAUAUGACUCAUAUGAGACAUCUCCAUUUUGGCAGUCCAAUGAAUAAAAAUGGCAGGCUAAAAUUUAUUUCACUUGCCAAAACAUUUUAGACUGGCAGGCCAUAUUUUUUCUCUACUUCGAGCCCUGGUGCGAACACAACUUGUCGACAGCUUGUGAACAGAUUUGUAACAAUUUGUUUGCAGACCUGUAACAACUUAAUUAUGCGUUUUUAUGUGUGUAUAAUAUCAAAUGAAUAAUUAUUACAAUAUUUGCAAGAAUGCGGUGUGACACAGCUCCUCGUGAAAUUCCAUAACUUAGCUCCGCUGUAUUUUGACGGGGUUUUUCUUUUAGAAAUUCUCUUUUCGGCAUUUUGAAGUGACAGAUCUAUAGUUAUUAUUUAUGAGACCAUAUGCUGUUUGCAUAUAGCUUCGCGAAAUAAACAUUUGUUUCAAAUUGGGUGCGGUGUGUUUAUUAAGGAUUUUAAAAAGAAAGAUAGAUUUCUGCUGCCGACGUCUUACAUUUAUGAGGUUUCCAAGAGAGCUGAUUAGAUCGAAGACCUCAGCAGAUCUGAAUUCAUAAUUGAUUUCAUGUCCAUUUAUUCCAACAGAUUGAAGUGAUGUCGAUUGCGCGGGAAUCGAGUUCGAACGAAUGGUCAGUUCAUUACAAACGUCUUGUCAAAGGCAUGUUCGAACUUGCAGAAGAAACAAUUCACGCGAGUCAUGUUAUCUUGGGAGCUGGGGCACUAGGAUCGACGAAGAUCCUGCUUCGUUCAAAAGAACGAGGCUUGAAUAUUUCCCCUACGAUUGGCACACGAUUCUCAACGAACGGCGACAUGCUCACGUUCAGCUACGACGGGGCGAAGGAGACGAAUUCUAUUGGUGUUCAAACGAAGGAUUUGAUUGAUCCGCAAAAGAAGGUCGCCCCAGGCCCCUGCGUCACGUCCGUGAUGGAUUUGAGAAAACAAGGCGGGAAACUGGUGGACAAUUUUGUUAUUGAAGAGGGAACACCGCCAUCAUCUAUGGGGCGAAUUUAUAGCAUCGGGCUUACUGUUGCUGGAAAGGUGAGUUGUGUUAAAACAGACAUUUCCCAUUAUAGACUAAUUUUAAAACUAGGCAAGGAGAUGCAAAUAAAUCACCACAGCUAGAAAGAGCAUACCGCUAAAAUUCGGCAAAAUGCCAGUUUGUCAAAAUGUCUUUCGGCAAAGUGUCGUUCUCGGCAAAGCGCAUUUCCUUUUAUGUUUAAUGUAACUGUUGUACACGUUCUAAAAUCUCAAUUUCCUUUAUUUGUCUUUCCAGAAAGAUCUAGAUAUCGCCCACAAAGCCAUGGACAAAUCUCUAGCAUUUCUCUGUGUGAGUCAUGACGACGCCCGCGGUAAAAUCACCUACCACACCAAGACUGAUGACAUCUAUGUGAGUUAUAAAGACGUAGGCUAUGAACCAAACUUCAACGUCGUCAACGAAGCUGCCAGAAAAGUUACAGAAAAUCUCGGAGGGACUUUUGUGAAGAACCCAUUAUGGAGCGAACAUCUUGGCAAGAGUGUUUUUACAGUUCAUCCACUGGGCGGGUGUCCGAUGGCCGAAUCUGGUCAAACCGGUGUGGUAAAUCACGCUGGACAGGUUUUUGAAGGUAAGGAUCGUUGUAGUUGUUACUGGUAGUCUGGUAUGUUUCCAAUUUGUAGCGAUCCUUGUUGUUGCUGCCCAUCGCAAAUACUGUUGCUUGCUCUACCGGCAUUUUAGUGUUGAUGGUGGUGUAGCCUGCUCGCAGCCUGAGAUUAAGAAGGGGGGAAAUUUCCCCGUUCUAAAUUUCAGGGUGCGAGCAGGCUAGUGGUGGUGAUGGUCUUAUUGCGUUUGUCGUUGUUGUUGUUGUUGUUGUUGUUGUUGUUGUUGUUGUUGUUGUUGUUGUUGUUGUUGUUGUUGUUGUUGUUGUUGUUGUUGUUGUUGUUGUUGUUGUUGUUGUUGUUAUGUUGUUAUGUUGUUAUUUCUGUUGUUACUAUUGCUAAUGUUGUUGUUGCUGCUGUUGUUGUUGUUGUUGUUGUUGUUGUUGUUGCUGUUGUUGGUGUUAUUGUUGCUACUGCUGUUGUUGUUGUCGAUUUUGUUGUUGUCAAUAUCGUUGUUGUUGUUACUGUUGUUAUUGUUGCUGUUGUCGAUGUAAUGUCGUUGUGUUCGUUGUUAACGUCGUUGUUGUUCUUGUUAUCGUUGUUGCUGUUUUUACUGUUGUUGCUGUCGCUGUUGUUGUUGCUGCUGCUGUUGUUAUUGUUGUUGUUAUUGUUGUUGUUAUUGUUGUUGAUGGUCUUCUUUGUUGUCUAGGCCUUGUUGCUGUUGUACUUGUUUUGCUACGACUAAGAGAACAAGCAAGUAAUAACGAUGGUCUAUUUCCUCUCUAGGUGACUCGAAAGACGUAUUAGAAGGUCUUUAUGUGGUAGAUGGUGCUAUUAUCCCAACGUCUGUCGGCGUUAACCCCACCCUCACUAUCUCAUGUGUGGCUGAACGUUGCAUGCGUCUUCUGGCUGAGAGAGAAGGAUGGCAUAUCAACUAUCAGUUUAAACAUCUGAGUAUGUAUUUUGGAACUUUAUAUUAUAUUGUAGUGCCCGGAGGAAGGAAGUUGCGUUUGCACUGCUUAAUUGUUUCCAGUUGUUGUGACAAGUCUGGAACAACCUUGCUACAAGGUUGAUAGCGGCAACAGAUCGACGUAUUUGCUAUACAAGUUGUUCCAACAAGACUAUUACAGGCUGUUCGUAACAAGUUGCUACGAUCGAGCUUGUUUUCAUCAGCUUGUUAACAACUUGUUUCGUGCAGACGAUAUCAGACCUGUUGGAACAACUUGUUACGAGUCAGUUAGCCUCGUCAACCUUGUUACAAGGUGGUAACAACUCGGUCCAGGCUUGUCACCAGCUGGGAACGAGCAGUGUGAACACACCUUGUUGACGAGCUGUGAGCCUUUCACGCGCGUACAAUGAGGCAGAUGAGACACAAUGGAAAGUUCUAGCUUUGAACUACACACGUAAAAAUCUCACAUUUCUGGAACAAGCUGUUAACAACUUGUAACAAUCUUGUUGAUACUAUCAGACUUAUUGCAAGUUUGUUCCAACAAAUCCGAUACAGUCAUGAUAUAACAAUAUUGUCACAACCUUGUGUCGUCAACCUUGUAAAAUUCUUGUUAUAUCAUGACUGUCUCAGACUUGUUAGAACAACCUUGUAACAAGUCUGAUGAUGUCAUCAAGCUUGUUACAAGUUGUUAACAGCUUGUUCCAAAUAUAUUGCAACAACUGGGAACAAGCAGUGCGAGCACAACUUGUCAACAGCCUGUGAACAGAUUUGUAACAAGUUUUUUGCACACCUGUAACAAUUUGUGCGUUUUUACGUGUGUACACGCGUAAAAAACACACACACAAGUUAUAGCAAACCAGCAGCAGCCUUGUAGCAACGCUGUUUCGACAAUGUUCGCACUGCUUGUUCCCAGCUUGUUGACAAGUUGUCAACGGUUUGUUGACAACUUGCUACAAGGUAGUUGAGCUCAACGUACGUGUUACAAGCUGUUCCAACAACUUGUUAUCGUCCUGCAUAUCAACAAUUUGUCAACAAGUUAUGGGUGACAACCUUGUAGCAAUUUGAUAAAGUGACAACUUUGUGGCAUGGAUUAUAUAAUGUUAUUUUACAAUCCAUGCUUGUAGCAACUUGAUAAAAUAACAACAUUGUUACAACUUGUUAACGAGCUUGCUACAAUCCUGUUUCGAGCACAUCUUGUUGACAAGUGUGAGAUUUGUGCGUGUGUAGGUCUAAUACUCCCAUUAAUUUCAGGUGAAAAUGCGUUCGUAAAACACAAGCCAGGAAUUUGCUUCACGGAGAAAAUGGUUGGCAAGUUCUGCAAGAGUGAAAGUCACGAAGAGGGGACAUCGUGUGAAUUCACCUUGACCAUUGAGUCGAAUGACGUCAAGGCUAUGUUAGAAUUUGAUCCGGAUCAUGCUGCUCAGAUCAGUGGCACGGUCACGUGUCCUGCUCUUUCAUCUUUACCACUGACUGUCUUUGAAGGUUAGUGACAAUUGAUUUCUGGACAAAAAGGGCUUUCAGAAUUUUUUUAUAUAAUAAAUAUUUAAUUGUGAAAAGGAAGUUUGCCCCAAGAGCUACUGGUUGCUCAUCUAGGAGGCUCACUUCACAUUUACAGUCAGUAUACUACAGAAGAAAAACACACAAGGAAACUGGAAGCAGAUUCAGAUCUCCUGAGCAUGGAAACGUUUAUUUCUUUUAUAAAAUUUUUCGACGUGGUAAAAGAUUUGAAAAUUUCAUCUUCACAAAGAAGUGAGAACCUAAACGAAAAAAGCUUUGUUAUUUGUGAAUCGGAUAAUGCAAGAAUUCGUGCAGUAGAGGUGAGCAGCCUCAAUCAAUGAGCAACGAAAAUCGGACAAUGUAAAAAGUAACGAUUACUAGUUUCAAUUUGAAAGCCACAAGUACAUUUUGGAGAUUAUUUACAAGCGUCCAAACGUAUUUGAACGUAAUAAUUAAAUGGGGUUGGACUCACGGUUGAAGAUUAUAAAUGUCGAACAAAACCUUUAUUAUUCUGAGUGUAUAGCGAUCUGGAAGUUUUAAAGUCAUCCAAAUUAACUACUGUAUAUUGAUUACAUAGCAAUACAACUGCUUCCGUACCAAAUUUCAUUCUUCAACAAGUAAAGAUAAAUUCAGAGAUUUAUGAUGGUAAAUAACUAAAUCCGUAUUACGAAAUAGUACUUCGAAUAUAACCGGGAAAACUAAAUACGUACGAAAUAAGAAAAUAAAUACACUGUACGUACGAAACCGAAAUAGUAGUUGUAUAACGAAAUAGCACGAAUAUAACUGUAAAGUAGACCAAGAAAAUAAUUUUGUUUGAAAACUCAGAGUGGAGGAACGGGAGCAGAAAUGAUAUUUCAAGUACUGGUUAAACAAAGUAAGCCCUGGACAAAAAUGAAAAUUUCAGCUGAUCUCAUUGUUAGACAGGAUUUCCAGUUGCAAAUAAAUUUGGUGUCGAAAUUUUUUUCUCAAUUUUCUUUAAAUUCUGAGCGGUCAAGUAGUAGUUGGAACUGAUUUAUUCGGACAUAGUCACAAUUCGAAUGAAAUCAAGCGAAAUAUUUCUCGAAGAUGAAUUAUUUCUCUGUAAAUGGAAAUCCUCUCUUAGACUUAAUAGAGUGGAACCGAAGCUCAUACUUAAUGCAUGAAUGCGAGGCUGACUUUUGUGCAAAUAAAGCUAAGAUGGUAUUUGUGUCUUCACUAGGUCGUUUCCAACUCUUCAGCUCAGCAAAGAACGACAAGGCGGACAGCCCUUCGAAACAAAUGCUCUACAAAAUGGUUUUGAACGGUGAAAAUAACACUACCUACUCUUUCUACGGCGUCAAGAAUAUACACAAGAAUCAUUUCUGGGAAAUUGGUCUUCGUGACACGACCGUCGUCUUCGUCAAAAUAUACAAAGGGGCUAACUUCUCUGGCGAUAUUCUUGGCACAGCUAAACUAUAUAUAACCAUUCCCAACUUUGCAAAGCAGCUGGCGACUUUGGAGAUCACACGCGUGCAAAGUAUUCGUGAGAAAACCUAUUGGUUGGCAAGGUAUGGACAGUUUUUUUCCAAAACGUUAUGGGAUGUUUAUGGUCCGGGCGUUCGGGCUCACAAUGUGAAUUUUGACGAUACAGUGCUGAGACAAAGAAGGGCUUUGAUGUUGAGAGGGUGUACCCCUGCUGUUUAUGAUUGUGUGACAAAAGACGAGGUAUGUUGCACUUCCAAGGGUGGGAGGGGGCAGGCGAGGGGACCCCCCCCCCCCCAAUGGUUUUUAGAGUGUAAUUUUGGAUUCGUUCAAAUCGGAUAAAAAAUUGGGGAAUGGUGGAAAAUUGUCAGCAGACAUUCCUGCGUAUCUUCGCAGGAAAAAUUUCAUUAACAGUCAGUCUGAAGUCAAUGUUUGACGCUAUUUUAAAAGGUGAUUCAUUCUUAAACUCCUUUACAUUUUUCUCCUGUAAUGCAGGAAAUGUCGUUUCAGAGACCAUAAUUUUUUCAAUUUUUUCCGGGGGAUCAUGCCCACCGAAAAUCCCUGGCAUAACAAAUUAUGAUUCCGGUUAUAGGUGAAAUUUUGAUCCAGACACGAAAAACGCAAUCCAUUACCAUAGCUGGAAAGAGCAUCUUAAAAUGAGCAAAAUUGCAAAGUUUGGUUGCGAAUUGUUGUAAAAUGAGGAAAAUAUAGCCCUGUGAAGUUCGCGGAUUUUGUAUAUAUUUGUAUUACACUCGGGAAAAAUAACCAUUUUUGAGCCGAAAGUGGUUAUUUUUACCGCGCGUUAUACAAAUAUAUACAAGAUUUACGAAUUUCACAGGGUUAUAUUAUCUUCAUUUUACAACAUUUGGCAACCAAUCUUUGCAGUUUUGCAGUACUAUCCAGAAAUAACCUAACAAACAACCGCGGUUAACCUCGGUCAAACAUAGUCCAACCUCGGUCAAACCUAGGUCCAACCUAGGUCCAACCUCGAUCAAACCUAGGUUAGACCUCGGUCAAACUUAGUUAAGAUCUCGUCAAACCUAGGUUAGACCUCGGUUUGACCUCUGUUUAACCUAGGUUAACCGCGGUUUGAGUGAGGUCUGACCGAGGUUUUUAACCUAAGUUGAGUAAGGUUUGAACGCAUUCUAAGACGCUCGUUCCAGCUGUGGUGUUGGAUUUCGUUCUUCUUGCCUUGAUCAAAAUUUAGUCUAUAGCUGGAAUUACGAUGCUAUUCGUAUUAUUUGCUAUUAAAUUCUACUACAACAAAAAAUGUGAAAUUUUGAAUUCAAUCGCGACAAAUAUAACUUGCAUCAUCAGAAAGCUUGUAAAAAGCUACAUAAAAGACUUUUAAACAGUUUUUUGAUUUUUCAAAUGGUUAUUGCUGUAAAUUAGGCACAUUAUCUCGCUAAAAGUUCCUAAUUAAUUAUUCGAUGUUUGAAAAUGCGUUUUUAACAGUUUAUAAUUCGAAAACUAUUUCAGAAAUCAAAAAACUGUCUAUAUGUCUUAUAUGCAGUUUUUUAUAAGCCUUCGGAUGAUGCAAGUCAUAUUUGUUGUAAUUGAAUACAAAAUUUCACAUGUUUUGGCUAUAAUAGAAUUCAAUAGAAGAAAAUCACUAAUCACCAGUUUUCAGGAGUUAGCAGCAAAAUAGCGAUGGCCCCACUUCAAAUAUCUAUUAAGCAAAUAAAACUACAUCAAUUGUAAAAGUUUGAUGCUGUUAACCUCAACGGGAACUACUGAUCAAUAAUUUUACACAUAUCCGCCUCACUAUUAUUAAUGUCUUUCUAUGAACUAUGGUUUAAACGAUAUUUCUUUCAGAAAACCGUUCAAGUUGUGGCCCAUUGCGCAGGCUCUCUUGUUCUCUUUGCCUCCCUCUUGUCUGGUGCUCUCGAGGGCAAAGUUAGAAAUGUCGUUGCAAGUCAGGUGGCGGCCCAUCCUAUUCCUGCACCAUUUAAUUCCUACAAGUCAAGUCUACGGCUGCCUGGAGUUGCCCAGGCCAUGGGAGUUCAUGGUUUGGCCGUCGAUACUGAUGCGUCGUUCUUUAGUCGAGUAUUUAGUGUUUUCUCUCGAAAAGUUGGCAACCAUCUUGUUCUUCCGUACGGCGAACGUUGCGAAAGCCCUCUUUGCCACAGGUGGGUACCGUAUUCAGAGUGCGAUAAUUCGCGUACUUAUAGGUAGUCAAAAGACUAGUUUCCACUCAGGAAAAUUAUCCGUGGAUUGGAACGGACCGAAGAAACUUUUUCUUUGUGUUAAAGUCAUUAGUUCCAAACCAGAGCUCACAAGACAAGGAAAAGCUUUCUUGUCCGUUCCAAUCCACGGAUAAUUUUCCUGAGUGGAAACUAGCCUAAAGGCAACGUGGUACAAACCUGUACUUUAUGAAUCUUAUUUUAAAGGCUAAGUAAGUAUGCGGCAACAACCAUUGACGUACUAGUCAGGAACGACUAAAAAUCUCGAUUUAUCGUAUCCUACGAAUUUAUCGCUUUCAUAUCAUCUCUUGAAAUAUUUUCACUGAAAGCAAUGCCAAUUAAUGAGCUGCCCGCCAUCUUGGAUAAUUAUUCUAACCAUGCAUAACCUCAUUUUAUUAUAUACACAAGGUCUGGAUAUGAGGUAUUUUGCAAUCUGAUUGGUUCUCUACUAGCAGGAUAUUAGAUCAUAUCCUGCUAGUAGAGAAAAACAAAAUGGCGGCCAAACUGAAUUUACGAUGUUUUCCAAACGAGAAAACGGCAAGUUGUCGCUUUUUAUAGCCUUCACGGGAUUAAAAACACAAUGAAAAAACUCUCACAAAUUGUUUUCAGGUUAGCAAAUAAAUUUUUAAUAUUUAAAAUGGUUAAAAAUAUAUAUUUUUGAAAAAAUAAUCGGCCGAAAGAGCGAAGAUAAAAACAUAAACAAAAUGGAAAAAAAUAUUGAAAAUAUUCGAAAAGCAAAGUCUGUGAAUUCAGACCAUGUGUAUAUAAUAAAACAGUUAUUCCACUCACUCUCGUCGAAUAUGAGCGAUAGCCGAUUCGGCGCUAGGCGCCUCAUCAGCUAUCAGCUCAUAUUCGACUCGAGUUCGUAGAAUAACUGUUAAAUAGCCUAACUAUUGUUUGUGCUGACAUCAAGAAUGCGGUUAGCCUUAUAAAUUAGGCUACUUACUGAGUAACAAUCAAAUGUUGUUUAAUUUUUUUUUUUAAUUCGAAAUUUGAAAUAGCAACCAAAAACGAGUUUAUAUAUUAGGGUUCAUAUCUAAUCACUGUUUGACAAAAAUCUUCUUGUAUCUUUAGCCGCCUGAGUGGACAAUUCCCAAUAUAAACUAAUUUUAAAACUAGGUAAGGAGAUGCAAACAAAUCACCACAGCUAGAAAGAGCAUACUAAAAUGAGUAAAAUUGCACUGUUUGGCAGCGAAAUGUUGUAAAAUGUGGAAAAUAUAGCCUUGCAAAGUUCGCAAAUUUUGUACACGUUUGCAUUGCUGCGCAAAUUUCCACCAUUUUCGGCCCUAAUUUUUUGCCAAGAUAAAAAAAAUCUAUAUUGGGAAUUGUCAAUUAAAGUGCACCUAACCUCAAUUCUUUUUAUCAUUUCAUUCCUAAGAACUUCUGAAAUGAUAUAAUAACUUAUUUUGAAGAUUUUCGUUUGCUCACUUUGUUUCCGAGAUAUUUCAGUUUGUUUGGUAUGCAAAUAUCCUGAAUUUACGUCACAAAUGCAUAAUGACUUAAAGCAAAAGCUUGUAUAUCGUAUUCACUAUCGAGUUUAAAUCAUUAAAAUGCAGUUUGGAGUUGUGGUAGUAUUACACAUACCUAUGUAAAACACCAUUUAGCCUUUCUAUUUAAUGAUAUUUGACUGUACCUUACAUUCUUUGAUCAUGCAGUCAUUAUUCACAUGUGACGUAUAUUCCGGACAUUUGGAUAUCAAUAAAACUGAAAUAACUCAGAGACAAAGUGUGCAAACGAAAAUCUUCAAAAUAAGUUCUGAUAUCAUUUCAGAAGUUCUUAAGAAUGAAAUGAUAAAAAGAAUUUAGGUUAGGUGCACUUUAAUUAAACGUCAUCAUUUCGAAUCAUUUCGCUUAUUUUUCCAGGAUCACGUUCAUCUACGGCUUAUUAUGGAAGCACAAAAAUCUCACUGAGUUGACACACAGCACAUUGCACGAAUUGUUUGGAUACAUAACAACAUUGGUUAACGCUCAGCUUGCGCUGACGAUGAGAUGGCAAAAAUUGGUGUCCGCUUCGGGCGAGGAUAUUUAUUUGCCUAUGAGUGAGAAUGGAUUGAAAUCACCGGUUUAUAAAGAGCACAUCGAUCGCCUUAACUUGCCAAUACGCUUCAUUGUGGGUAAGUUGGAGUAUACUAUAGGUUUGUCGGUUCAUCCUCAAGUGCAUGUAAUUGUUUAAAGGGAAGCAAUAUAUUUUUUUAUUUUCUCAUUUGAAAGAAAUUUUAAGUACUAUAUAUAAUACUCUUUUGCCGUUUUUUCAUAUCUUGCUUGUUUCUACAAACAUUUUAAUUGAAAGAAAUAAAAUGUUCGCCAUCUUCCAUUUUUUAGAUAUGCAUGUGACGUCACAACAGGGGCCACGCAAUAUUAUUUUUUAUCUAGACAAGCACUAAUCGUUUUGUACCCAAAGCUAUACUCUGUCUGCCCUUCGAAAUGUCAAGAUCACUCAAAACUUUUAAAACAUCUAUACCAAUCAAUAUUGGUCAGCGACGAAUUUUUUUUGUAUGGUUAAUCCCUGUUAUGACGUCACCAAUUCCCAAAACUACCGUUAAUGAGAUCAAAAUUUUUCCAAGAUGGCGGACAUCUCAUUACUUCAAGUGAAAAUAUUUCAAGAACUAAGUAAGAUAUAGCCCGCGUGCAGGCCCAAGGGAACUGAUAGUGGGCCUGCAAGCAAGGCCCGGUAUUUUGUACUUUCCGCGUGCGCCCACGAACGCGGCAUUCUGAUUGGCUGUUUGCUGUUGGAUUCUAGAAUUAGGUCAGUGAUUCAUCACAAAGGCUCUCGAUAAGCUCAAAAUUCGAAAAUUGAUCACUUUUUUCGAUUAUAAAUGAAACAAGAACAGACUGUUUAUUGUUUACUUGAAGGAAGAGAUGUUUUUUCCGUUAUGCCAAAUUGCCAAUUGGGAUUGCUUGUCGUGAGGUGUUGGAAUAGCAACAUUACGACUGGGGUAAACUAUAGUAACCUUGACUUGAGUUUCAUUAAUUUCAAACAGACUUGAUACGUUAUAUGGUCCUCAAGAAAAUUAUCUUUUGGUUGAUGUUGAGAUCAUGCAGUUGCAUGUAAGCCUAUUCGAAACACUUUGCGAUUUACAAGGUUUCGCUGAGAGAGCGAAACAGAAGACGGUACUAAAUUGCCGUUUGAAACGAAACGAUCCGGACGCUCUGAACGCUCUCUUCUUUUGUAGAGUUCUUUACCAAAUGAAAUAACUGAAAUAAAUUUCGUAUUUUCCGCCGCCAACAAGAAUUGCACACACGAUCUGAUAAGUGAGACAAUUUAUUUAUAACAAUGCCAAUGGCGACAGCGAAGCACACAUAAUAUAAAUCCUAAUGUGGUUGCACGACUUCCCUCACGAUUUGAAGUUUGAGACUGGUUUUCUGUUAAAAUUCGUCCUAAUUUGCCUGUUCCGAUUUUAGUUGAAAAUGAGCACUUGCAAAUUUGGCAAUUACUGACUGCGUUGCUUGCUUUUUUUGGAGUUAAAACGCUGCCAUUUACACAUUGUUUAUGUUCUGAAUAAGCAGAGAAAACCCCGCAACAUUUUAAUGCGAGUUUGUUUGUUAAUAUUUGGGUGCUGUCAUUGGUUCUUUUUUGACAAUUGACGCGCAAAUGGGGCGUGUUAUGAAAAGGGGCGUUUUACAAAAUACCGGGCCUUGCUUGCAGGCCCACUAUCAGUUCCCUUGGGCUUGCACGCGGGCUAAGUAAGAUAUGAAAAAUCGGUAAAAGAAGUUAAUAUGUAGUUUCAAAAGUUCUUUCAAAUGAGAAAAAUCGAAAUAUCCAGUCGUGAUGUUACACAAUGGUUAAAUGAAAACAUACUGAGCUAUUGUGCUUGUGUGAUGUUACUCUGAGUGUAUAUUCACACCGGGCAGGCUUGAAAAAUAUGCCUGGCCACGGUGGGAAUCGAACCUACGACCUUCGGGAUACUAGCCCAAUGCUCUGCCAACUGAGCUACGUGGUCAGGUCGGUUCGAGUAUGCGAUAUUUCGGAACUGAGUCUAGUUCCUUCGAUAUCAGUGUAAUCUAAUAAUCAUGAUAUUUGCUGUCUUGGUGUAAUGUACUCAACUUACUCAGGUGAAUAAAAUGAUUGCGUGACUUGUUACUCUGAGUAGAUCCACACCGGGCAGGCUUGAAAAAUAUGCCUGGCCACGGUGGGAAUCGAACCUACGACCUUUGGACUAGUAUUCCAAAGUCCGUAGGAAUCGAACUUACGACCUUUUGGGCUAGUAUUCCAAAGAUCGUAGAUUCGAUUCAGUACCGUGGCCAGGCAUGUUUUUCAAGCCUGCCCGGUGUGGAUAUACACUCAGAGUAACAUCACACAAGCAUCUUAUUCACCUGAGUGCAUUACACCAACACAGCAAAUAUCAUGAAAAAAGCUAAUAGAAUUGGUCGUAAGAAAUUUUUGAUAAUUCACGACGAUAUAUACUUGCCAUUGGCAAGUAUAUAUACAAAGCUCACUGUGUAUAAUCCAUUGGUUUUAGGUGAAAACAACAGUUGCUAUUUGCCAGAAAGUACGCUGACCACCCUAAACCUUGUCAAAGGAGCUCACCCCAAUCAGAAUUAUUCCAGAAUUGUAAUUUCUGAUCACGGCCAUCUUGAUUGCAUCUGUGGAAAAGAAGCAUCGCUUCACGUAUUUCCAUAUAUUCUGGAAACAUUGGAUCGGUAUGCUGGGUCAUAG